CCCCUAUGUUGGCCGCAAAGGGCGCCGUAAUUGGUUCAGCCAUUUCCACACCCAUUCAAAUCGGAGCCGUUGCCGGUUCUAGUAUUGUUAGCGGAGUGACCGGUAAACUGGUUUCCGUUCCCAUAGCGGUUGGCACCGGAGCUGUGGCUAAGUUUGUGAGCGCCGCCGAAGAAGGCAAACAAAUUUGGGAAUUCAAUGUCCAACACGGGGGCGAAGUGUUGAAGAAUGGACUCAUAAAAUUAGGACAUCUUGUGCUCAAACCCGUGGCUGUUGUGGUCGGCGCUAAGACUGCUUUGACAGGAGCCGGCGUUGGAUUGUUUGGAACCGGUGUUAAGACAGUUGGAGUUGGUAUGGAAGCAGUCGGGGCUAAAAUGGUAUCGUCGGGAUUAGUGGCCAAAGGCUUGGGACACCGAUUGAUCGCAAAGAAUUUGCCACCAUUUGUCAAAUAACUCUUUAUUAUAUCAAUUUAUGACAAUUAGUAUAAAAACGAUUUUAAGUCACAAAUUAUAUAAAACUCUUACAAAUAUUUGUUCAAAUUCUCAUAAAAUCAUUUGUCAAUAAAUUUUUUCAUUUCAAACAAGA